AAAACAGAAAAUUUCAUUUGACAUAUUCUAGUUGUCUUGUAAUUUCACCCUCAAAAUUCAAGUGAAAUCCAUAAUACAUAAAAUGGGAGCAAUAAAGAAAAUACGCAAGCCAAAAAAGAAGCCGAAUCCUAGGCCCAAAAUCGAAUAUCCCCCUGUUCCAACUAGAAAAUGGAUUCCUCCAGAUCAGAGACCAAAAAAAGCGAAACCUCAACCAGCUUAUACUAAACCAGAAGGAAUAACUCAGAAGCUACAAACCUCCAGUCUGAAAAGAGUCUGGCACAAGUAUGAAAUUGUUGGGAAUACCGCAUUACUUGUUGGUCAUUUCAGCCAGACUCACAGGAAGUAUACCUUCAAAACUAAUGGACUCCAAGGUGCUUGUAACUGCGCUGUGGCUUGUAUCUUCGCCCACUUAUACAAAAUGGCCACCUGGGAUAGGAACUACCUUGAUAGGAUCCUAGACAUGGGCGACGCCUUAUACUCAAAGACAGUUCAACAACCAAGCGAAAAAUGUCUGGUUUCGGUUCCACCCGAAAGAGUAUUCAACUCUUUCUUCUUGGGCAAAAGGAAGAUUUCCUUCGACAUCGAUAACAAAGACAAAAUAGUUGAGAAAUUGCAUACAAUAUCUGAACUGAAAACCAAGAAGAUGUUUGAAGAAGCAGGAACGAAGUUCUUCAAACAAUUCCCUUCUGGUAUUUUCACCUUAUCAGAGAAAUGCUUAGCCAUCUGGAUUCAGGAUGAUUUCUAUUACCUGUUCGAUCCUAUGGAACAUGAAGAUAACGGUCAACCAUGGACGGGAGUACCUGGAUAUGGUUUCUCUUUGCUUUGUCGAUGCAAGACUCUGAGAGAUCUCGUAGACACUAUUUACAAUAAUAUGGAGACCAAGGUACCGAAUUCAAAGUUCGAAAUAUUAGGUUGUACCAUUCAAAGAAUAAUCCAUGUCCAAACCGUACCUCCCAACACAUUUGAAGAACUAGCGCCUGCUGAAGAUACUUCUAUCAAUGAAGUAGAUCUAGCAGAUAUCAAAGAAGCUAAAGCUGUGGACAUCUUGGAAGAUAAACUCAAAGCUUAUAUAGACGAAGAUAAUGAAGACGUUGGUUCGAUGAAAAUCAAGCUACAAGAAUUAUCACCGGAUGUUGGUGAUUCUUUAUCUUUGACCAAGCGGCCUUCUUGGCUGCAAGAAUCGGUCAACAAAAUGGACGUCUGCAAAUUUCCUAUACCCCAUAAGGUGGUACCACAAAAAUUAACAUUUUAUUCAGAGCUCGUGCCGAAGAAAAUUGGUAUCUUGAGAGCCUCGACAUGCCAAACAGACCCGAAUUUGUCGAAAUAUCUUGGACGCCAAAGCAUGGGAAACGCUAUAUCUGCUUUAAUCAUGCUGAGAUUCUUCAAAUCCAGGGUGUGGGUGCCCAAAAUCCUGAACACGGUCCUGAAAUACGGCGAUCUUCUAUACAGAGACGCGAUGAUAACCAUCCCCAGAACGCAAAGCUUGAAGCUCUCCAAUUUCCAAAGAAAAACUGAGUACGAAGCAAGAAAAUUCCUACCCGUUAUCGAUGAUUAUGUCGUAGUAGGGAAACUCCUAUCCCAAGAUUUCGAAGUUUUGGAUUUGCAUCCAGCUCUGGAAAGUUUUUUGGUAGACAACGAUUGCUGCGUUAUCUUGGGUCCAAUCACGUUGGCCGUUUGGGUGGAAGAUGGAAGAUAUUACAUGUUCGAUCCCAAUGAGAGGGAUAAAAAUGGUUUGUCUAUAUCGAAUAAUACUGUCUAUGGCACAAAUUUGAUUCCAAUGGAGCUGUUACCAGGAACUGCUUGCCUCAUGUGGUUCGCAGAUCUGAAAGACUUGGUAGACGUUUAUAUGAGGAAUGUGGAGAAAACAAAGAGAUUGGAUCCCUUUUAUCUCAGCAAAGUCCAAAUAAACGAUUAUGUUGAUAUCCCUGAUCCUUGGUAUAACUUCAAAGGAGUGAAUCUCGCCAAAUGGAUUUUGAGAGGUACCAUAAGCCAGAGCGAUAAACAAUUUGAUAGAAAGUCCAGAAACCUUCAGAGUCCUGCUUGUUGCCUGGCAUUAUUAGCAUUACACGAGUUGGUACCAUUGAAAGACUGGUCAAGUGAUACAGUCAAUGAGGUUGUUGAGCUAGGAGAUCAAUUGUACGUGGAAUCAGUCGAUCAAUUAACGAAAAACAAUUUAUUCGAAAACAGAAUGUUGAUGAUGAGUGAGAUCAAUAAAAGUUUCAAAAUGCAUGAUUUGGAGGCGAAUUUCGAGGUAGAUGAAUGCAUGAUCAAUGGCAUGCUCAAUGCUAAAAACACCAACGAUAAUAAGGAUCUCAGAAAAGGACUAGAAGAGUUAUUUUUCGACAUGGAGUCAGGUAUAGUUACGUGUCGCUACAUUUCGGUAGCUGUUUGGAAGAAAGAUGAAGUUUAUUACUAUUUCGACAGCCAUAGCAGAGAUGAACAUGGAUUCGCAACAAGUUAUGGUACGGCAUGCGUCCUGAGAACAACGAACCUAGCCGACCUGGCAGACGUGAUCGAAUCCAACCUGAGUCCGGGCAAAGAGAACACCUACAACGUACACUUGGUACGCCUGAAGUUCUUCCAAUUGGGCGACGGGGACGCUUAUCGCCCUCCCCUCAACAAUUACAAGAAAAUAGACGAUUGCACCGCCAUCUUGCGGUCGCUAUUCAGUGAAAUAUCCGCCAAGUACGAUCUCAACUGCGGCAAACAGACGGUCCCCAUGUGUCUGGCUGCGUUCGGAUACAACAGGUUGAAACCUGCUCGAGACUGGACGAAACAAGACCUUGACGAGGUGCUGAAUAAAGGGGAUGGUCUUUACGUACAGAGCAUGAUCGACAUUAUGGAUAAGGAAGAACAGAGGGAAAUUGAGCCAGUACCAGAAACAGCGACUCAAGAAGGAGUAUCUAUCGAUGAUGGAGGUGCGGGAGAUAGCAAGAAAGAAAAUACUCCCGGAAAAGCAGUGACACCAAAGGAAAGCGAAGGGCAAGGAGAAAGCGUAGCGGGUGACGAAGCAGAAGAAGAAUUCGAUGGGCGGGUUACCCUGGCCAAUGUCAAGAAGGACUUCAUGAUCGGUUUGAACAAAUUUGAAUUGGAGUUUGCGGAUGAAGAUGAAGGUAAUAUCAGGGAGAAAUUGAAAGCUGCUCUUAGGACCUACUUAGAAGUGAAACCGACUGACGAUAAUCCAUAUCGAGAAGCCAUCUUAGAGUCCAAACCUCUCUCUGUGGCGUUAUGGCGAGACGACAAAGUAUUUUACCUAUUCGACCCCAAACCGAGAGAUAAGGAGGGAAAUGUUAUCGGCAUGGAGGAUUGGAGUGAACUCAGGCUACCCAAACCUGACAAACACCGUUCAGUAGCAAAGGUACAGGUGCCAGUGAAAGCCGAUGGUGAAGAAGAUAAUGUGACAACGGACGGUGAAAUAACGACCAAUGUGACCGAUUUUGACAAAUUCACUGAAGGUGAAGCUGCCACUAAAUUCCUUAAUCAGCAGGAAGGAGAAGACCUCUCUGAUGAAGGAAGUGAGAUUGUAUACUUUCCGAUGGUCCAUAAGAGCGCUUCCUUCUGGAGGGAGAAAGAAAAGGGUGGUAGGGCUUGCACUAUGUGGUUCACCAAAUUGGACGAUCUAGUCGAACAUGUCUUUGACAAAAUCCCUCCCAAAGUGGGCAACGAAGAAGAUUUCGCCCUCAAGUCGGUCAAGAUCAACAAUUCCAUACAAAUAAAGGACAAACUCAGACCAGACGAUGAAAGGAACGACGUGUAUGCCGGAGACUGGUACGAUUUCCUAGAAACCGAACAUGGAAAAUGGAUCAUGAGAGGAACGAUGACUAUUUUCAAUGAAUUCUUCCCUCUACAUAACCGUGGAAAGCAAGAAAUUGCUACGUGCUACGCAGCACUAGCUAUAGCUUUCAUCUUCUCCAUGGUCUGCUUCAAUGACUUCAGUGUUGACACCAUCCUAUCCUAUGGGGAUAAACUGUUCAGCUACGUGAAAAGAUUAAGGAAGAAACAAUUGCUAUCGGACUUGCAGAAUAAACUGUCCGAAGACGAAGUUGAUUGGUUGAUACAGCACGAAGAAUUUAACAUCGGCGAUGUACCGAAAAAGAUAUGCAUAUCCAAAUUCAUGGUGGACGUUAAAGUGCUGCCUGAAGUGAUAGUUGGCGAUAUCGGAGCUCAAAGCUCUGAGGACAUUCUUGAUGUCCAGAGAGGCUUAGAGGAAUUCUUCAAGGCGAAUAAGUAUGGGAUAUUGCAAGCAAAAGAUCUUGCUGUUGCUAUUUGGCGCGGUGAAAAAAUCUACUUCAUGUUCGAUGGGCUGAACCGUGGCCCGAAUGGUAUUUUGUCACCGACUGGCACAGCUUGCAUCACCAGAUACAUUGACUUGGCCAAGAUGGCAGACACGUUCCUACAAAACAUAUCCAAAUAUGGAAAGAAUGUAUUCUACAUUCACAGUGUGAAUAUGCAGAAAGGUAUAUGCCCGAGAGAAAGGGAGCCAAAGGUGUUGGUGGAACCUCCAAAGACCGUACAUCCAGGUGGUUUUCAAGAUGUGAUGCCAGGUAAAAGUAUUGUCAGAGGUACAAUUAGCCAAGAAGACCCGAAAUUUGCCAAAGAACCGAAUACCAUGAGUGUCCCAAUCGCCAUCAUAGCUCUAACCAUGACCUGCCUCCACAAAACAAGAACCUGGUCUAAACCCAUCGUAGACGAUAUUGUAGAGCUAGGAGCUGUGCUCUACGAAGACAGCGUCAGAGAGCUAGGCUAUGAUUUCGAUCCGUGGCAAGACAAACUGGAUAUUUAUAAGGUGAAGAAGGAUUACCAGAUUGGAGUGCUUGAAGCGAAUUGUGAGUUGAGGCUUCUGGACCAAAGAGGGAUCAUCGACACAAAGGACCCGACAGUGUUGAACCUAAGACAAGGCAUAGAGAAAUUCUUUGAAGAGAACACCCACGGCCUGAUCGUCACAGAAGUCUACACCCUAGCCAUCUGGGAGGACGAACAAGAAUAUGGAGAACCACUGAUCUACCUGUACGACCCAAAUCCCAGAGGCCCUACUGGCAUGCCUGUUUUUGCCGGAACGGCUUGCCUGGUGUCUUUCGUAAACGCCAAAAUGGCUGCCGAUCACUUCAUCAGCUGCAUCUUAGAGCCAGAAAAUAGGAUGGGGCAGUUCACCAUAGUGCCAGUAGAAAUACUUGUGGGAAACACAAGGACCAAGAGGAAGAUGAAAAAAGUGCCCACCAAGAGCGAUAUUACGGUACUGCCGAGGUGUUCCAAGUUGGUGGCUAACAAGGAAAAGAAAAUCUUGAGGAAAAUGGCCGAGAUGGAAAGGAAGAAGAAGGCAGCCAAACGCCAACAGCUGAUUGGUCGUAAAGGUUACUCGAACAUGCACGGAGGAGACGCCAUCUUGAGAGGGUACAAGAGCCAAAACUCCUACUCCGAAGAAACCAGAAACAACCAAGACAUCCCCAAUUGCAUAACAGCCGUAGUCAUGCACCACCUAACCUCUAUAGACUCAUGGAACUACAGAAACAUCGACUUGAUUCUGGACACUGGUAAUCAGUUAUACGUCGACUCGUACAUAGCCUACGGCCCCAAAGACAAGAAGCUAGGCAUGGAGAACGUAUUGAGGAAGUUCUACCUGAAGAACAUGGUCGUUCACGUGACCAUCUACAAACCCAUCGUCAGCGAUGCGUUCACCACAGCCAGUGUCAAUAGGGUGUUGAACAUUUUCUUCCAGCAAGAGCAAUACUGCUUGUUGAGUUACUGUGACCAAUGGGUGAGCUUGUUCUUCAAAGGGGGGCUUUAUUACCUUUUUGAUCCCCAUGAGAGGGGUGUAGAGGGGAGUCUGGUGGGUAAGGAGCAGAGAGGCACUGCUGUGGUGGUGAGGUGUGACAGUUUGGGUAAUUUGGUGUCCAAAUUGGUAUCGAAUUUGUUUGUUGAUGAGAAUGAAGGGGAGGAUAACUUCACGUUGUGGUUACUAACUGUACAGCUUAAGGAGAAUGUAUUGAAGGUGUAGUAGGUUUGUUUUUGAAUGAUUUUUCAGUUGUUCCUGUUCGUUCAAUAAAUGUGAUUUUUCGGGAUUUUCUCCUCGUUUCUA